GUUAUACUUUUCACGGAUGAGUUGGGUCAUAUUUCCCACUGGAGAGCCAUCAUGGCAGGCAGUCUGGCUGGCAUGGUUGCAACCAUCGUGACUUACCCCACUGAUGUAAUUAAAACACGGCUCAUUGUGCAGAACCGACUGGAACCAUCUUAUGAAGGAAUUCUUCAUGCUUUUUACAAAAUUUAUCAUCAAGAAGGACUCCUCGCACUCUACCGUGGUGUUUCACCAGCUAUAUUAGGUGCUGUCCCAUUUUCUGCAGGCUCAUUCUUUGUUUACAUCAACCUGGACAAGAUCUGGCGAGAACCCAUAGUUCAUUUCACUCCUCUUCAGAAUUUCAUAAAUGGCUGUGUCGCAGCUGGUGUGGCACAGACACUUUCUUUCCCCUUUGAGACUGUAAAGAGGAAGAUGCAGGCACAGAGUCCUUGGCUUCCCCACUAUGGAGCAGUUGAUGUCCAUUUUACUGGCAUGGCUGACUGUUUCCGGCAAACCGUAAAGAACAAAGGUGCGCUUGGACUUUGGAGUGGACUCACACCCAGUCUGCUCAAGAUUGUCCCAUACUUUGGUGUUAUGUUUAGCACCUUUGAAUUCUGCAAGCGGGUCUGCCUGUACAGAAAUGGUUAUAUUGAAUCUCCUUUAAAUUACAAGCUAACUCCUGGCGUGGAUCAGAGUUUACAGCCACAAGAACUGAGAGAAUUAAAGCUCCUCCGAAGGGAAAAUUUUGAGUCAAGGAAAUCGGCUCUUGAAAACUGAUGUUGGAGUGUUCCUUGCAGAUACACACACUAACUUUCUUAAGGAACUUUGCAAGAAAGGCAUGCUGAACUACAGGAACCAGCAUCUCAGCAGAUCGCAUGGGUUUAGUACUUGAGACAGCAGUGCCAGGAAUGAGUAAGUCUUGUAUCUCAUUUGCUGAAUGGCUAUAAACAAUAUGAAUAGCAAGCAUAUACUGAAGAGGAGAGAUGCAACUAGCUUGAAAACACUGUGCUAUUGGAACUUGAAAUUACAUUAUUCUAGGUGCUUUUCAAUACUGAAUAGCCAUUUUGAGAUAAAACCACUUCGCAGAAAGGCAAGAGAACAGAGAUGAGUGUAUAAAUUGUAUCUUCAAAAAUAUUAAGAAAAUUCAAAAGGAUUUUUUUUUAAGUAAUCUGAGAUACCAAGUCAGCCAAAAAUGAUAAGCAGACUAGAAUACAUACACCAUGCAAGAAUUCCUACUGAAAUCUCUUAUUUUUUUUAGUGAUACUGUGUGGACGUGACAUUCUGCAGAUGCAGAAUUAGUCGCAGCUCAGUCACACUCCAGAGUCCACUCUUAGUUUUUGAGAGUUGAGAAUAACAAUUUUGUAUGAAUCUUUGGUGUAAAGUUGAAAAUAUGCUGCUGCAACUGUGCUUUUGCUAAGAGAGAACAGUAAUGUGCAAAAUGAGCUGUAAUACACUGGAAUGAGAAUCUUGCAAACUGAAGUGCAUACUAGACAAUCUUCCCCCCCUUUCUCCUGUGUUGUUACUGCAUGUAUGUGAAUUAUUUCAGGCUUUGAAAAACAGUUUUCCUGAAGUUCUCUAACUGAAAUGUUUCCUGAAAAAUGCACUUCUUAAAUGUGUUAGAUAUUCAGAGCCACCAGCCUUGUCAUGUUGUUCCGGUAUUCUUAAAGCUCUAUUUUUAUAUUAAACUACUUUUUAGUUCCUGUGCACAGACCCAGGCCUACUGUGCUACUCAGAACUUGCCAGCAGAAUAGCACAGUGUGCACAACCUGUGAUUUUUAUUUUUAUUUUUUCCCCACUUUAGCUGCUGUGAUUCAGGAGCCACAGAUAGUUUCUGUAGAUAGGAACUUCUCUGCAAGACCACUAGGUUCUUGUUAGUGCCAACACAAUUCAUAGGACUCUGACCAGCUCAGGGAGCUCGUGGACAACAAAAGAUCAUCUUGGUAUGAUACCUGAGGACCUGCUCAAGGACCUGA